GCGCCGAAAGACUACACGGGAAAACGCGACCGCGACCUUUCAGUGCGUCAACCGGCUGCGAGUGCCUUUCACGGCGUGUUAAUAGACGCGUUUGCGAUGUUAUUGUCGUGCGUUUGAGCCUUUUGGAGAAAGAGAAAAGAACCGAAAUGCUUCGUUGUACGCGGCUGGUCUGCGGAAGAGGAGCCGUUGGACGGCUGUCCUCGUCGUUCUGCAGUGAGAGCGCGCUGCCCCCCAAUUUACUGCUGCCGACCAACCUGGUGGAUCCUUCCAGAUCCAAGCGCCCCCCCCCUCCUGCCGACUGCUCCCUCCCGCUGCUGAGGAGCUGCGACGCCGCCGUCCCCGCGCACCGGAGCGCCGUCCAGGCGUGGGUGGAGACUCUGGAGGGGGGGGGCAGCGAGCCGCUGGGUUGGGCUCAGCUCCACCCGGACGUCUUUGCCGUGGCCCCCAGGUUAGAUAUUCUCCACGAGGUUGAAACCUGGCAGAAAAACUUUAAAAGAAUCAGCCACGCCAACACGAAGAUCAGGUCAGAGGUCAGAGGAGGAGGAAGGAAACCGUGGAACCAGAAAGGAAGCGGAAGAGCUCGACAUGGAAGCAUCCGCUCGCCCAUCUGGAAAGGAGGGGGCGUGUCCAAUGGACCCAGAGGGCCGACCAGCUACUUCUACAUGUUGCCCAUGAAGCUCAGAGUUCAAGGACUCAAAGUGGCUCUGAGCUCCAAGCUGGCGCAGGACGACCUUCACAUCGUGGACUCUGUGAACCUCUCCAGCCCCGACCCCCAGGACCUGCUGCACCUCGUCAGAGAGAAGCUGUGGGGGGAGUCGGUGCUGAUCGUCGACGUAGGGGAGGAGUUCUCCGAGAACAUCCUCGAGGUGACGGCGAGUCUGAAGACGGUGAACAUCAUUCCAGCGAUAGGACUGAACGUGCACAGCAUGCUGAAGCACGAAGCCCUCGUCCUCACUCUGCAAAGCGUCCGCUUCCUGGAGGAGAAGCUGCUUUGGCACGACCAGCGCUACACCCCCCUGUACCCGUACAGACUGCCCUACUCGGACCUGCCGUAGAGACCCUUUAUUACACAGAAAGAAUCAAUAAAUACCGUUUUGAAUAAAAACAACAAUGCAGUGGAAUUAAAAGUCUUUAAGAAGG